AUGGCCGACUACGAUCGAAGGCAGCAAGGCGGCCAUAAUCGCAAGAGGAGAUACAGAGAUGACGAUGAUCAUUACGACCGCCGCCAGCAACGGAGGCGAAUAGACUCAGUGCCCGUGCCCGUGCGUCUUCGACGACAGCUCCUCAGCCUUGCCGACUCCCCCUUGCGCCGAUGGUCCGAGGAAGUGCAGUCCAUUGCUCGCAUGGUGGCCGACAACUAUGACGAUGAGAACCUACGCAAUACGUUUGUCAGCCUGGCCAUGCAGCUGGUUGUCGAGCAGCCUUUGAAGACGCCGUUUGUGGCGGCUGUUGUGCUCGUGGCAAACACCAUCAAGCCCGAGAUUGUGGACGCCGUCCUCACCCCCGUCGCCCAAGAAACUGAGAGCAAGAUCGCCAAGGGGGAGUGGAGAGACGUGAAGCUGUACCUUAAGUUUCUGGCGUGCCUGCAAGCGUGUUUGGAGGGCGAUGGAGUCUUUCCUCUGCUUGAAGAGCUUUUCAGCCGUGCUGCCGACUUGCAGACGGCAAGCUCCGAGGAUACCAUUGGCACGGAAAUCGUCAAGAUAAUCCUCCUUACGAUCCCCUAUAUCAUGGCUGCAGCCCCCGGCCAGUUCCAGCAAAAGGCAGCGGAUCUCAUGGAUAAGACCGACAUUAUCGCUUCCGAACCCCACGCGCUCCAGGCUUUGGUCGACCCCUACCACCCUGACCCCUCGAGCGAAAGCGCAACGGCGUCCCUGAGCCUGUGCAUGCUUUUGCAAAAGCAAUUGCAAGCCGAGGCCUCUAAAAACUGGGAGCUGACCUGCAUCCCAAGACCCUGGAACAUGCCUCUGGAGGAGAUUGAGGCUCAGGAAAAGCUUGCCAAUGCACCAAAGCAUGCUUUGCCCGCGAUUUCCAUACCAUCGACCGUCAUUACUGGUCCUCGACCGCUGUUUCCCGAGGUCUACUUUUCCGUUUAUGCUGACCAGGAAGUUGAAUCUGUCCCCUCGACGGAUAGCGUGGCGUCUUCUCUAAUAAGGGACGGUCUUACUGAUACCAUCAAUGGCCUCCAUUUCAACAGAAACGCCACAGCGAGAUAUCUCAUUGAUCUGGACUGCUAUUUUGCAGACGAUACCUUUGUUAAGCGCGCUACUCCCUUCGAUGAGUUACGCAACGCAGCUCCUGGAAAGUCUACGUGGAAGCCUGAAGAUGUCGCCGUCGACAUUGUCUUUGCACAGCUCUUCCAGUUACCCGCACCUGAGCACAAACUGGUUUAUUACCACUCUGUCUUGACGGAAGCCUGUAAAUUGGCCCCUGCCGCCAUUGCGCCUAGUUUGGGAAGAGCAAUUCGCUACCUCUACAAUAACUCGCCUCGAAUGGAUCUUCAGCUGAGCUUUAGAUUCCUCGACUGGUUCUCCCACCACCUGAGCAACUUUGGCUUCACGUGGAAGUGGGCGGAGUGGAGUGACGACUGCGGCCUUUCUGACCUUCAUCCUGCAAAAUGGUUCCUGAGAGGUGCGCUGGACAAAGAAGUGCGCCUGAGCUUCGCCCAGCGAAUCCAAAAGACUCUUCCUGAACCGUACCAGCCUUUGAUUGGCCCUGAGAAGGAAAAGGAUGUGCCUGAUUUCAAGUUCAACAACUCUGACACGCCAUUCUCGAGCGAAGGCCAAGAAAUUGGCGCCCUGCUUAAGCGAAAAGCCCCUGAUGAAGAAUUCCAGCCCAUCAUCGAUAAGAUUGAGGCUGAAGCUGGUGAAAGAGCACUUGACCCGGUCGUUGCUAGCACUGACGUCUUCAUGACGGCCAUCUGCUGGGUUGGAUCCAAGUCUCUGAGCCACGUCUUGGCUUGCAUUGACCGAAGCAAGGAGCGCCUUCUCAAGGCUGCCAACUCGUCUCCGGCGGCGCAAACCCAGGUUCUGGCAGCUGUCAUGGCCUACUGGCACGCACAUCCCGGCAUUGCCCUGUCGAUCGUUGAGAAGCUGCUCAAUUACUCAAUCCUGACGCCUGCGUCGGUUGUUCGUUGGGCGUUGACGGAUGGUUCUCCCGUCGAUGGCGCGAAUGCGGGCGAAGCUCUUGCGCAGCCUCACAUCUUCGAGCUUGUCUUGAAUACGGUGACCAAGGUUAGCUUUAGAGUUCGUCAGCUUCUCGCCUCUCCCGACGCGGACGAGGAAGGGCGCAAGAGCGAGAUCAAAGCCAUGCAGGAGCUUUUCGGUCUUCUUAAUGAUUUGUUGGUUAGUUGGGCUGGUGGCAACAAGGAUGAACUGAUGGAGAUGGGCGACGGCUCCAGUGAGCCCGAGGCCUUGAUCCGCAGAUGGGGUCAGCGUUGGCUCAGGGUGUUUAAGCGGCUGGGAGCUAUUGAAGAGGCCUUUGUCAUUGAGGCUUCGAAAGAGAAGCUGGAAUCGUCGAAUGGAGUCGAUGCCGUUUAG